AUUAAAAAUGUUGAAACAUUCAUGUAUGCGUUGGGAUUACUGCAUUUGAAUCAAAUUUCAAUGAUCAAUUGUAAUAAGUUCCGUACCUAUAGGGAGGUUAGGACCUGGUGAAGGUUCCAUAAAAAAACGCAAUAAAAUCGAUUAUUUACAUCAUUGAGAGCGACACACUCAUCCCUUUUUACAGAUCCGAUGACUGAAUAGCCACAAACAUGGAGAAUAGAAUACGCAAUGAUUUCGAUGGGGGUUCUUACUUUAUGAGCAUAGAUUCCCUAAACAUAAUGCCAAAACACAUAUCCUUUUGUCCCGGGAACACAAGUCUGUGGGAUGUCUGGGAGGAUCACGGGGUAUCCCAGUGCUUUAUGGAGACCAUAUCAACAACAGUAUUGUUCAGUUUCCUUUUUAUUGCCGGUACAAUUCAACUUUGCAUGUACAGAAAGUACGGAUCGGAGGUAUCUCCAAUUCAGCUCGGCAAGUCGAAGUUAUAUUGCUUGCAAGUAUUCGUGAUUUGGAUGAUUCCAAUAUUGGAAGUCACCAGAUUUAUAUUACAGUUAACUGUGCUGAAUGAUAAGAACUUAUAUUGGUAUAUGAUUGUAUCGCUAGUUUUAACACUACUAGUAUUUCCUUAUUCCUUAUGGAUACUCAGAGUCGAGAGGCAUUAUAUGUUGCCUUCGAUUCCAACCAGGGGUCACGGUAUUGUGCUUCUUCUGUUCUGGACCAUGGUAUUCGUAGCAGAGAAUCUAUCUUUUUUGAAUUUGGGUAAAGAGAGCUGGUGGUUCAAACUCAAAACAGAAUCAGAUAAAAUAGAGAUGGCCCUUUUUGUGAUUAGAUACAUAUCAUGUCUGCUCAUGUUUUUGCUUGGACUGAAAGCUCCCGGCAUUACGCAAAAUAUUGAUUAUUUCAACCUACAUGAUACUACCAGGAAUGUCAGAAUACAACAGAAUGACGAUAAUCGUUCUACCUGGAAUAACCUGUGGAGGAAGUUCAGGACGCUGUCUCCGUUCUUGUGGCCUAAGAAGGAUUGCUGCCUGCAGUUCAGGGUGAUAUUCUGUUUCCUCCUGCUGGCAGGGGGAAGGGUGAUAAAUUUAUACGUUCCUAUAUAUAAUAAACUCAUAGUGGAUAGUAUGACCCCUCAUAAUAAGGUAGAAAACGAAGCGCUUCGUUUCAGAUGGGACUGGAUAUUAUUAUACGUACUCUUCAAAUUUCUACAAGGUGGCGGUACGGGUGGUAUGGGCCUGUUAAAUAACUUGAGAUCGUUCCUUUGGAUCAGAAUCACACAGUACACAACCAGGGAAGUCGAGGUGGAACUCUUCAGGCACUUACACAGUCUCUCUUUACGUUGGCAUCUGAAUAGAAAAACUGGCGAGGUACUCAGGGUUAUGGAUAGGGGUACAGAUAGCAUCAACAAUCUCUUGAAUUAUAUUCUUUUCUCCAUCCUACCAACCAUUAUCGACAUCAUAAUAGCGGUCGUGUUUUUUGUCACUGCCUUUAAUGCUUGGUUUGGACUCAUUGUAUUCACCACGAUGGUACUUUACAUAAUUUUAACAAUCGCAAUAACGGAAUGGCGAACAAAGUUUCAAAGGAGAAUGAAUCUUGCCGACAACGAGACUAGAGCCAGGAGUGUGGACUCCUUGUUGAACUUUGAAACCGUUAAGUACUAUGGUGCUGAGCAUUAUGAGGUUGAAGCCUUCAGAGAGGCUAUAUUGAAAUAUCAGAAAGAAGAAUGGUUAUCCAGCAUCACGCUGAAUAUAUUGAACACAGUGCAAAACGUGAUCAUUUGUGGAGGUCUCCUUAUCGGCAGUUUGCUAUGUGUCCAUAUGGUGGUUGAUACUCAUGAAUUAACCGUUGGUGACUAUGUUCUUUUCGCCAGUUACAUUGUUCAGUUAUACGUACCAUUGAAUUGGUUCGGAAGUUAUUAUAGAGCUAUUCAGAAGAACUUUGUGGAUAUGGAAAAUAUGUUCGAUUUACUUAAAGAAGAGGAAGAAGUGAUUGAUGCCCCUGGUGCUGGACCGUUGGUAGUUAAAAAGGGUGUUGUUGAAUUCAACAAUGUAUCGUUUGGAUAUCAACCAGAAAAAUUGAUCCUCAAGAAUGUUACGUUCACUGUUCCGCCUGGUAAAACUGUGGCCCUGGUUGGUCCGUCUGGCAGUGGAAAAAGUACAAUAAUCAGAUUGUUAUUCAGAUUUUAUGAUGUUGAAACUGGCAACAUUCUUAUUGAUGGACAAAAUAUCAAAACUGUAACACAGGAAUCUCUCAGAAGAGUUAUUGGUGUGGUGCCUCAAGACACUGUACUCUUCAAUAAUACAAUAAAAUACAAUAUCAAGUAUGGUAGGCUCACUGCUACUGAUGCAGAUGUUAUAGAGGCUGCAAGAGGUGCUGAUAUCCAUGAUAAGAUUCUGACUUUCGUGGAUGCCUACGAUACACAGGUUGGUGAAAGAGGUUUGAGGUUAAGUGGCGGUGAAAAACAGAGAGUAGCAAUUGCUCGCACUCUGCUUAAAGCUCCAUUAGUUGUACUUUUGGAUGAAGCAACAAGUGCUUUGGAUACACAAACUGAAAGAAACAUACAGGAUUCCCUGAAUAAGAUGUGUGUGAACAGAACAACUAUAAUCGUUGCUCAUAGACUGUCAACAAUCAUACACGCUGAUGAGAUAUUGGUGCUACAAGAUGGUGAAAUAGUUGAGAGAGGAAGACAUGAACAUCUGAUUGGUCAGGAUGGCAUAUAUGCAGCAAUGUGGAGACAGCAAUUAGACAAAGAUUCAAACACAAUAAACAGUCUAGAAAGCAGUGCCACACAUAGUUAAAGGUUAUAUCUGUAGUGUAUACUCUAAGCUUCCAUAGGUUAACCUCGAAACAGUCAUUGUCUGAAUAAAGUAAAUUCAUUGUUUGAAUGUAUUCCCAGACAGUCGAGGUUACGCAAUAAUAUAACCAACUGUACAGGUGAUAAUUCCGUUGUAUUGUUUACUGUGUUCUGUACAUUAUGUUGAAUUCAUAUUUAUUCAAUGUAUCCAAGUUUCUUUCGACCAAAUAAAGUACGAAUUUUUCUCAAGCCAAA